GCACUUCCGACAACAUGGCACCUUUCUAAAGGUUUCUUCAAAGAAAGAAAAAAACAACAACAACAAAGUCAGGUUUAAAUAGAAUAAAUUGUUUGAAGUUAACACUGCAUUUAAUUUUUCAUUUCAACCAUUUGGUUUGGAAAUAUAUUUACUAUAACAGAUGUUUGGUUAGAAUACGUUCUUUAAUCGGUCGACAUAAAUAUGAAGUCUCAUCCAAGUGAGGGAAGUGCUCUGCUGCUACUUUGUCGAGCCUGGUUCCCCCAAUCUUUCAUAAAGAUAAAAGAAAGAGUGUAGCUCACGCAAUUAACUAAACUAAUCUUGUUCAUUAAAAAAAAAAGAUAAGUCCGAAUUCGAAAUCUCCUAUUUAUUUUAUGUUUAAAGAAAAUUUGGUCUUUAAAAAAAAAAAGGUGUUAAGGUUGGGAACAACUGCUAGCGGCCAAGUGAGAGGGUUUGUUGUGUAGCUUAGAGGUGAAACUUCUUAGUAGUAAUAUAAACUUAUUUCGAUUUAAUGCAUACUUUUAAAUUACAACAAUAUUUUGCGAUCUUCAGUGCUCUGAGGAUUUGGAAUUUUUACAUAUAUUUUUUAUUUGGGGCGGGGGGGGGGGGGGGGGGGCUUCUUUUAAAAAAAAAAAAAGGGGGGGGGGGGGGGGUGGGGGCGCUCAUUUACAAUAAGACAAAACCGAAUUUUAAACAAAUUUAUGCUUAACACUUCAAACAAAUUGUCCCACGAUUUACAUAUCCUGUCCAAAUUUUCCCACUUUGACGGAAACAAAGUUUUUCCUUUUAUUUAACAGCCUCAACACAGACAUUCACCAUUUUUGACAAUGAGACCCUAAGCUGUGCUGGUGAGAAGAGUCGUGAGCUCAAGGAAAGUUGUGCUUGGUGGUUUAGCGGCAAAUGGAGAUCACGACCAACGACUAGGUGUCCCCCAAGCAAGAGACAAGGAAACAAACAAGUCUCCGCGCCGAGACGUUGCUGGUGUGAUUGUGUUAUGAAAUCAUGAGCGACACGUUGUGAAUAUUAACCGCAUGGAGUUACAACAUCCGAGGAAAUCUCAUCACCAUUCUUCAUGUCAAGCAUCCGGUGAACAUCCGAACCAAGGUCUCGUGUCCCGAGACAAAAUACCUCCCGGGGAGCUCAUGGUUAGGGAACACGGGUUGAACGGCAAUGCAGAACAUCUUAUCGGAGAUCAGGCGCACGUUGAGGCCGCGGUGAACGACCAGACAGAUGGAGACUACGCUUUCGAUGGUCAUCUGUCCGGUGACAGGUCUUUAGACAACGGCAACGUAAGCGGUCGUUUAUCAGGUUACGAGCUCUAUAGAGACGACCCAUCCCGUUCCACGAGAUGCGCGGAUGAAGAUCACGACGAGAGUCGACCAACAAUCUUCUACGAUUGCAUCAGACCGGAGGAAAAUAUUUCCUGCAACAAUACGUGCCAAGGGAUCUGUGUUAUAGAGGAGACAAAUACGGAUAUCAGAUACCUGGAGUUGAGCAUGGGUGGUAAGUGAAACUAUGUUAAGGUCAUGGUGAUGUUGUAGUUUCCAUUGGGAACAAGGGCUAAGUGUCUGAUGUAAGAUACAUUCAAAUGAUACAAGUAUAGUUAUUUUAAUGUCAGGUGACAUAGCUACCGUUUUUUGUCACUUUACACUACGCCUAUACUUGUCAUGUCAGAUUAUAGACUUAAUGUCAAUGCAAUAAUGUAAAAUACGCUAUAAAAAUAUUUCAAAAAUUUUGCACAGCAAAGCAACGAGUAUAAUGGAUUUAAAAAAAAAACUUAUAAUUUUAGAUUAUUUUUUAAGAAUUCAGGAUAUCCAAGUCUUUCUACUGAGUAUAUUAUAUUGAACUAAAUAUUUAUUUAUUUAAUAAUUGUACUGUCACAAAUUACAAUUAACAAAGUCAGGAUGAAAAAUAAGUGUAAUAAAUUCAAGCUACGGAAGUAAUCAGACAUGAACAUCAUUAAAAAUAUAUUUUCUCAGGAAUAUAUAAUAUAUUUUUUAGAUUUUAAUAUUCAACAAUAAUGACAAUAAUCAGAUAAAGCCGUCAAUAGUUUUGGAUCCCCAAGUAGAGCCCCCCCCCCAACCCUCCACACAUUUCAUAGACAAGCCUAACAUUAUUGACAGGCCUUUCAGUUUUCUCUGAUCAAGGCUUCAACACCAACUCUAAUGCCAUGUCAGACCGGAUCAUGAAACUGAGCCAAGAGGAAGCCAUGGCCGCCGACCUGCUCACCGAUUCGGAGAUGCAGUCCAAAUUCGACCGGCUCAAGGAGGAUCGGGAGAACAUCCUGUCCAAGACCAAUCUGCUCCUAACAUGGAACUUCAUCCAGCUGUUCUUUCUCCUGGCCACCAUUUUCUACGCGUGCGUCUGCGUCUGCAACUUCAGACAAUCCUUCACGUGCUCCGAGGCUUGCAUGUGGAAAGGUGUGAGGGAGAAAAGCUCUAAGAAAUGGUGGAGCUUUUAGGGGGGCUGUCUAUUCGCAGACAGUCCCCUGUGGGAAAUAAGCGCAGCCGCAUAAAAGUGUGCUAGUGUUGGCAAGAGCAAGAUUCACGCGCAUGUUCAAAUAGUGUGCAUGUUCAAUAUAGUGCGAGCUCUGACGCACGAAAAAAUGUAUUACUUUUAUCUCCCGGUCUUCGUCGAUUAUUUUGAAAACAUCGUGCCAAGCAAGUUCAAUACCAUGGCUUUAAUAAAAUGAUUUAAAUGACCC